AUGCUUUGCCACUUGGCUGCCGUUUCUGCUCGCUGGACUGCCAUUGCUCGCCUUCCAUUGCUGCCUGCCGCCCGCUUCCAAGGCAUCGCCACCACCGCCACUGCCAACGCCACUAACAACAACAACAGCAACAGCUACAACACUACUACUAGCAAAACCCCACAGCAACAACAGCAGCAGCAGCAAGCCCGCGACUUGUAUCGCUACCUCGUUCGCCUCGUUCGCCAGCUCGAGGACGACGACACGCGCGAUCACUACCUCCAGACCGUGCAAGCUUCGUUCAGCGGACACAAGGACGAGAGCGAUCCAGUGCGCAUCCGCCAGAUCAUUGCUCAAGCACGCAAAGACGCGCAGUUUUACAUUAAGAAGUACAACCUGGAAGACCCAGACGCCAACCUUCCCAAGAAGCACUAA